AUGGGUUUAUUAGCUGCUGGUACACCAUUAACUUGGUAUGAUUCAAGACGUUAUAAUGAGCAUGUUAAAACUGAAGGUACAGAACAACUGUUACAGGUUAUGAAAGCUGCCGCAAAUAGAGAUCAUGAUCCAUUAUAUUGGGGUGAUGAAGUUGAAUAUAUGUUAAUGGAAAUUGAUGAUACAAACUGUAACACAAUGUUAGAUGUAAUUGAUGAUAAAAUUAUUACGGAUUUAAAUACGGAUGAUUAUCAACUUUGUAAAGAUAAUAAUGUUGAAAUUCAUCCAGAAUAUGGUAGAUUUAUGGUUGAAGCAACUCCAGGUGGUCCUUAUCAUGGUUUAACAAAUGGACAUUUUGUUGAAAGUAAUAUGGUUGAAAGAAGAAAAAUUAUUGAUUGGAAAUUAAAUCAAUAUGCAAGAAGAUUAUCAAAGGGUAAAAGAUUAUCUGUAUUAACUAUGACUUCUUUCCCAAGAUUGGGUGCAUCAGGAAAAUUUUUAAAUAUUGAAAAUCAAUGGGAUCAUAAAAAUUCUGCAUCAAGAUCUUUAUUUCUACCUGAUGAAACUAUUAAUAGGCAUGUAAGAUUCCCAACUUUAACAGCAAAUAUUAGAGUAAGACGUGGUGAAAAAGUUUGUAUUAAUUUACCAAUGUAUAAGGAUAAAUUUACACCAGAAUAUGAUACUUCUAUACAUGAUAGAGAAUGGUUCACUCCAGAAGAUUUGGAAUCAAAAUUAGCUUCAAAGAAGGGUCAUGUUUAUUUAGAUGCAAUGGGAUUCGGUAUGGGAUCUGCUUGUCUACAGAUGACUUUCCAAGCUCCGAAUAUUGAAAAAUCGAGAUUUCUUUAUGAUUCUUUAGUAAAUUUUGCUCCUAUUAUGUUAGCAGUCUCUGCUGCUGCACCUGCAUUUAAAGGUUGGUUGGUAGAUCAAGAUGUUCGUUGGAACGUUAUUUCGGGAGGUGUGGAUUGUCGUACUCCUUUUGAACGCAGUACAGAACCUAUUUUACCAAAAUAUAAUAAAAAUGGUCUUGGUGGUGUAAGUGAAGAAGAACAAUCAAAAUUACAAAGAAUUCCAAAAUCAAGAUAUAGUUGUGUUGAUUUAUUUUUAGGUGGUAAAAAUAAACAUUUUAAUCGUACUUAUAAUGAUACAGAAGUUCCGAUUAAUGAUAAAGUAUUAAAUAGAUUAUUAGAAAAUGAUAUUUUCCCAUUCGAUUAUGAUUUAGCUAAACAUUUCGCACACUUAUUCAUUAGAGAUCCAAUUGCGAUCUAUGAAGAAAGUAUAAAUCAAGAUAAUAUGACAUCAACAAAUCAUUUCGAAAAUAUUCAAAGUACAAAUUGGCAAACUUUACGUUUUAAAGUACCAAAUCAAAAAGCUAUUCCAUCAAACAAGAGUGCCCCAGGUUGGAGAAUAGAAUUCAGACCUCUUGAUGUACAAAUUACAGAUUUUGAAAAUGCAGCUUAUGCAAAUUUUAUUUUCCUUAUCUCCGAAGCAAUUUUAACCCUUGGUGAGAAUUUGAACCCAUAUUUGAAAAUGUCACAAGUAUGGGAAAAUAUGCAUAAGGCACACUCAAUGGAUGCUAUAGUGAAAGAAAAAUUCUAUUGGAAGGAUUCUUUUACGACUGAAACAUCUUCCACAUCAUUACUUUCAAUCAAUGAAAUUUUCCACAACAAUGAAUCUGGUAUCUUUGCAACAUUUAUCAAUCCAAUAUUGAUGUAUAGAGGUUUGGUUAACAAAGAAUGGCAAGAAUUGCAAGUAUCUCCAAAUUAUCAGAGAUUGUAUUAUUAUCUGAAAGUUAUUUCCGAUAGGGCUUCUGGUAAGACCGUAUCUGUUGCAAGAUUUAUACGUAACUUCAUUAUUAGUCAUCCAGAUUAUAAGCAGGACUCCCAAGUAUCAGAACUGAUUAACUAUGAUUUAAGUCUGAUGUUUGAAAGAUUAACUAAUCUAGACAAUGCAAAUGAUGAAAUUACUGCAUUGUUCGGUCAUUCUACUGCUGAAUAUCUGACCACUACCAAAUUAAAUAAAUAG